GCCAGCGGUGUUGGGAACCCUGGGGACCCCGCUCAGCCCCGGUGCAGGGUGGGCUCCGCUCCGGAGCCGGCAGCGAGGCAGUUAACGGAGCUUGUCAUCCAUCUCCCUCUUAGGGCUCCGCUCCCGAGCUGCAGCUUGAGUCAGUUGUGUGGAGGUGGCAGCGGCAGCAGCUCCGGCGGGCACACCGGCACACCGGGCACACCGGCACCCCGAGCAGCCCCUGCCCCGCCGUGCCCCAGCCCUGGCCGCCAGCACCCAGGGCCCCGCGGAGCCAUCGGGACCAGAACCGGUCACCCCGCCCCGGAGAGGGUCCCGGGGGUCCCUGUCGUGCCACCGGGGCCGUGCCUGGCACCGCGGGGCGCCGUGCCCCGGGCAUGACGGGCACCUGCCCGGCUCCCUGACGGCGCCCGAGGCAGCGGCCGCCCCCCUCGCCCCCCAUGCCCUUCGCCCACGGAGCCGCCGGUCCCCCGGCGCGCCCGGCCGGCAUGGGCGCCGUGCCCGAGCCGUGCCCGCAGGCACCGCUGGCCGUGCUCUCCAAGGUGGAGCUGCGGGUCAGCUGUAAACACCUCCUGGACAGAGACACCCUCAACAAGUCGGACCCGUGUGUCCUGCUGCUGAUGCAGUCCCAGGGCCAGUGGAUGGAGGUGGAUCGCAGCGAGGUGAUCAAGAGCAACCUGAACCCCGUGUUCGCCAAGAUCUUCACGGUCGAUUACUACUUUGAGGAGGUGCAGAAGCUGCGGUUCGAGGUGUACGACAGCCACGGCCAGGCCGGUGUGGGCACGCACGAUGACGACUUCCUGGGGGGCAUGGAGUGCACCGUGGGGCAGAUCGUGGCACAGAAACGGGUGACGAAGCCGCUGUUCCUCAAGUACGGGAAGUUUGCGGGCAAGUCCACGAUCACGAUCAUCUCGGAGGAGAUCUCGGGCAACAACGGCUACGUGGAGCUCGCCUUCCGCGCCAAGAAACUGGACGACAAGGACCUCUUCAGCAAGUCAGAUCCCUUCCUGGAGAUCUACCGCAUCGACGAUGACCGCAGCGAGCAGCUGGUGUACCGCACCGAGGUGGUGAAGAACAACCUGAGCCCCAUCUGGGAGCCCUUCAAAGUCUCCCUCAACUCGCUCUGCAGCUGUGAGGAGAAGAGGAAGCUGAGGUGCGUGGUGUGGGACUACGACUCGCGGGGCAAGCACGACUUCAUCGGGGAGUUCUUCACCACCUUCGAGGAGAUGCAGAAGGCGAUGGGGGAGAACAAGGUGGGACAUGGGGACACAGGGAUGGCCUGGGGGUCACCCUGUGUGCUGCCAGCAGAGCCUGUCCUAGCAGCCACCUUCCAGCUCCUCCUCUGGGUUUGGUGUCGUUUUCUUCUCCCUGCUCUCCUGUUUGGGGAAGGGAUGGUGGGUUUGGGGUCUUCUGGGGAAUCAGGCAUGGAUGGAUGGGGUGGCUGGAGCCUGGGGGUGGUUGGGAGUGGGGGAAGGCAGCUGCACCCUGGGGCUGUGGGGGUGCAGGGUUAUCGGGCCACGGUGUCCCGGGGCCGGGGGUGCCAGGCCAGGCCGUGGCCCGGGCAGGGGCCGCAGGCAGCGCGGGUGCCGGUGCCACAGGUGCAGUGGGACUGCAUGAACCCCAAGUACAAGAUCAAAAAGCGCAACUACAAGAAUUCGGGGGUGGUGGUGCUGCUGGACCUGAAGGUGAGCGCCUGUGCCGGGCCGUGCCGAGGCUCCGUGGGCCGGUGUGGGGCAGGGCUGCCUGACACGGCUCCCUCUGGAAGAUCCACAGGGUUUACUCCUUCCUGGAUUACAUCAUGGGCGGCUGCCAGAUCCAUUUCACGGUGGCCAUCGACUUCACAGCCUCCAACGGGGACCCCCGAAACAGCUGCUCCCUGCACUACAUCAACCCCUACCAGCCCAAUGAGUACCUCAAGGCGCUGGUGGCUGUGGGUGAGAUCUGCCAGGACUAUGACAGCGAUAAGAAAUUCUCUGCUCUGGGCUUUGGUGCCAGGAUCCCCCCCAAGUACGAGGUCUCCCACGACUUCGCCAUCAACUUCAACCCCGACAAUGAUGAGUGUGAGGGUGAGUCCAGCUCCAGAGGGGCGGGACCCAUGGCUGGGAUGCCCCUCACCCCUCGUACACCCCACAGGCAUCCAGGGCGUCGUGGAGUCCUACCAGAGCUGCCUGCCCAAAAUCCAGCUCUACGGCCCCACCAACGUGGCUCCCAUCAUCUCCAAGGUGGCUCGCGUGGCGGCUGACGAGGAGCGGACCAAGGAGGCGUCGGUGGGUGCCGCUGUCCCCGCUAGGGCGGGGCUGAGGCCUCGCACACUCGUGACACUCGUGGCUGCUCUGGCAGCGGGGUCAGGCAGCCCCCCGAGCAUCCCUGUCCCCCCAGCAAUACUUUAUCCUGCUGAUCCUGACGGACGGCGUGGUGACGGACAUGGCGGACACGCGGGAGGCCAUUGUCCGGGCCUCCUACCUGCCCAUGUCCAUCAUCAUCGUCGGCGUGGGCAACGCCGACUUCACGGACAUGCAGAUCCUGGACGGGGACGACGGCGUCCUGCGCUCCCCCAAGGGCGAGCCCGUCCUGCGCGACAUCGUCCAGUUCGUCCCGUUCCGCGAGUUCAAGAACGCGUCACCCACGGCCCUGGCGAAGUGCGUGCUGGCCGAGGUGCCCAAGCAGGUGGUGGAGUACUACAGCUACAAGGCCUUCCCCCCGCGCUGCCCCCGGCCCCCCAGCCCCGAGCCCAGCCUCGGCUCCCCGCAGUGAGGGACCCCCAAACCCCAACCUCAUCUUUCCCUAGUGAGGGACCCCCAAACCCCAACCUCAUCUUUCCCUAGUGAGGGACCCCCAAACCCCAACCUCAUCUUUCCCUAG